CUUCCUGCGAUAUCAACACGUACUCUUUCCGGCGGAGUUCCGUCCAAGACUAACCAACCGAAAUCACGUUCCGUUUUCCGAAAGAAAGAUUUUUCCCAUCAUUGAGGAAAUUCCUCACGAAACCCUAACAGAACGCAUACACUACUUUGGUUCUCGUUUUUUCUGUCUGUACAAAAUUCUCCUCUUUUCCCUCCUCCUGAUUUUGUGUAGGGUUUCAGAUUUUCAAUUCCUGAUUCCUCUUCUUUUCUUAUCCUGUAGUUUUAACAGUAUCCGGUUGCUGAAAUUGGGCGCUUGAACUUGAUCGGAGGAAUUUACAAUGCUGCCUUUUAUGUCGACCUCGAGGGCGGUGGGUUCUCUGAUAUCCCGUAAAAAUGGGGUCAGGCAUUUGAUUAUGCAGGCCAAGAGCAAUGGUCAAUUCCGGAAAUUAGAUCAAUUUCGAUACUUUAGUAGCAUUGCCGGUAUCGAAACCCCUUCAGUAAAGAAAUUGACUGGUUGGAGCAGAGAGGACGUUAAUUGGUUGUCUGGAAGCUUGUUUGAUAGUAAUAUCAUCCAAAGGAGGCGGUUUCUUGGGUGCGGUGAUGGUGAAGAAGCUGGUGUUUUAUCCAAAGUUUAUGAGGAGAGGCGCGUUAUGGGGUAUUCUCCGGAACAGUUAUUUGAUGUGGUUGCAGCUGUUGACUUGUAUCAUGGAUUUGUCCCUUGGUGUCAGAGGUCUGACAUACUUAAAUGGUAUCCAGAUGGGUCAUUUGAUGCUGAGUUGGAGAUUGGUUUUAAGUUCCUUGUUGAGAAUUAUGUUUCGCAUGUAGAAUUGGAAAGACCAAAGUUUGUAAAGUCAACUGUGUCAGAGAGCAACCUUUUUGAUCAUUUGAUAAACAUUUGGGAAUUUAAUCCUGGACCAGUUCCAGGAUCUUGCAACCUUUACUUUCUUGUAGAUUUUAAGUUCCAGUCCCCACUUUACAGACAGGUGGCAACCAUGUUUUUCAAGGAGGUAGUCUCUCGAUUGGUUGGCUCAUUCAGUGAACGUUGCUGUUUGAUAUAUGGCCCUGGAGUUCCAGUAGUUGAAAAUUCUUACGAACAAAGGGCAUGACUAUUCGUAUUACAUUUAGCCAGAGGUAGUAGCCACUAAAGAAUCCUUGACUGCAUAAUGCAUAUAAGCACUUACGCACUUCCAAAGACAAAAUGAAAUGGUUCCAUCAUAUCAUGGCUUCCGUGCAGCCUUUGUUUUGUAUGCUGCCUCGCCAUAUUAGGCAUUCUUUCUCUUGUUCCUUCUUCCACUUUAGAUAAGAUUCAUCAAUAUAUUAGUUGAUGAUCACUAUCACUUUUUAACCUUUAUACCCGCAGUUGUUACCACACAAAAUGUAAAUGACAAUAAGCUGACUAGUAAAUUCUGGUGAUUAAAAAAGAAGAAGAAGAAGAAGAAAGAAUCGCUUUCAAACCUCUGUAUGGCCCCACCUCAAAGUUAAAAGAGAAUAAUCAUUUUCAGAUAUU